UCUCUAACAGACGUGUUUCACUAUUUCUUGUUAAAUUAGUGGGGGCCGAACCUUUUACGAGUUUAUAAAGUCAAAUACGCUGCUUAUGCACAUUCCAGACCAAUAACAUAUAACUGACUUUGAGCAAAUUUUAGAUUGGCCGAUUCCAAAUGGUUGAAAAAUUACCCAGGGAAAAAAAAUUUUCGUGGUGGGAACGACGGACUAGAAUUGAAAAAUGUUUGCUUGUUCUUACCGGGUUUUCUGUUGUUGUAAUUACCUACUUGAUGUCAAAUUUCCUAAUGACGUUUCCUCCAACCAGAGAGGGUCUUCCACAAGAUGUGUGUUUAACGGAAAAAUGUAUUCGUUCAGCAGCACACAUUUUAGAGAAAAUUGACGAAACUGUUGAUCCGUGUGACGAUUUUUAUAAAUUUGCUUGUGGUAACUUUGUUAAAAAUACCAUAAUUCCUGACGAUAAAGUAAUGGUUUCUUCGUUCAGCGACACUAGAGAUAAAGUAUUUCUACAACUGAUGAACCUUUUGGAAGAGCCUGAUCGAGAUCAUGAACCAUCUCAUCUAAAACUUCUCAAGAAAGUUUAUAAAUCGUGCAUGAACACAAAACAAAUUGAAACAGAAGGGCUGACUUUUGUGAAAAAUGGGUUUAAGGAUCUUGGUGGUUGGCCUGUUGUAGAACCUUACUGGAACGACAAGAUUUUCGAUUGGAAAAGCCUUUUGUAUCGUAUUCAGAAAGGUGAAUGGAGAGAAAAUUUCUUUUUUAGCAUGUAUGUGGGUACUGAUUACAAAGAUUCGUCCAAAGUCAUAUUUACAAUUACCCAACCUUUUAUGUAUUAUGAAGCACUAAAGAAAGGUUUUAAUGACACUACAGUUAAAGCUAUGUUUAAUUACAUGGUCGAAUUUGCGGUUCUUUUUGGUGCGGAUAGAGCAACUGCAAUUUCUGAUAUGAAAGACGUUAUUGAUUUUCGAAUUGAAUUGGCAAAGCUGAUAAUUCCAUCUGAAGAACAAAAAAAUAAAUCUUUGAACUAUAAUCCUGUUACAAUUCGAGAAUUACAGAAAAAUUACCCGAGUUUUUCUUGGUUAAAGUUGUUCAACAAUUAUUUGUCUCCGAUAGAUAUGUUGACUUCCGAUGACAUUAUUAAUGUAGCGAUUCCAAAAUAUAUGGAUAGCUUAGAAACAUUUCUACCUAAAAUUAAAAAGAGGACCUUAGCAAACUAUAUGUUUUCAACUAUUCUUGAGAGUUUGGUUACCCAUUUGCCAGAACAAUUUAGAAGAAAAGAAGCGGAAUAUGAGAGAAUUGCGUAUGCGAAAAAUGAGGCAACUCCGAGAUGGAAAACUUGCGUGUCGCAAGCAUCGAGGUUGCACAUCGCUAUGUCAUCUAUACAUAUCAAGCAUAUGUUGGAUAAACCUAUUAAACAUAAAGUGACUGAAUUAGUAGUAGACAUUAAGAGCUCAUUUUUGGAUACUUUGAAAAAAGUGGGUUGGAUGGAUCAGAAGACGAAAAAACACGCUGUUAUUAAAGCAGAGCAAAUGAGCUAUUUUAUAGGUUACCCUGAGGAGCUUCUAGAUGACAACAAUGUGGAAGAUUAUUAUCAAGGGUUGGAGCUGGAUGGUGACGAGUAUUCUUUGAAAGUCCAUUUUAAUGUGUCACGAUUUCGUCAUAUGAAGCACUUUCAGGAGCUGAGUAAACCCGUGAAUAACGAAGGCUGGAAAAACCAAGCAUAUACUUUUAAAGUCAAUGCUUUUUAUACAGAAAUCGAAAACACCAUUGAAUUGCCUGCCGCUGUGCUUCAGGAUAACUUCUUCGAUCCCGAUAGACCUCAAUACUUGAAUUACGGAACACUAGGGGACAUAAUUGGCCAUGAAAUCAUUCACGGAUUUGAUAAUAAUGGCAGGCAGUAUGAUAAAAACGGCAAUGUGAUUGAUUGGUGGGAGCCGGAAACUAACCGAACCUUUGGACAGAAAAGCCAAUGUCUUGUGGACCAAUAUAGCAAUUACACAAUUCCUGAGUCAGAAAUUAAUUUAAACGGCGUUAAAACUUUGGCUGAAAAUAUCGCCGAUAACGGUGGAAUUAAAAUUGCAUACAGAGGGUAUUUGAAAUGGCUGGAAAGGAAUAAAGCGGAGUUGCCUCUUCCGGCACUUCGGUAUACACCGCGUCAGCUUUUCUGGAUUUCUGUGGCCACUAAUUCGUGUGUCAAAGUGAAGAAAGAAUAUUUAAAGCAGUCUAUUCGUUGGAGUGCUCAUUCUCCCGAUUAUUUUCGAAUUCUGGUUCCUUUUAUGAAUUCGGACUAUUUUGGAAGGGAUUUUAACUGCCCUCUGGGGUCGCCGAUGAAUCCUAAAUAUAAGUGUAGUGUGUGGUGAAAAGCCCCCACUCCGAAAAAGAUAAAUAGGAAACUUUUAGAAAUUUUAGAAAAACUUAAGACAAAAAUUUAUUUAUCCAAAAUAACCAAAAACGUUUUGCCAAAUAAAAAUAUAACUCUUAAAACUAUUUACCUAGUUUAUAUUUAUGUCACCGUGGGCAACCACACACACUCUCUCUUCCGAAGUUCCGGCAUGAGCCUAGUAAGACUCUCUCGUGCUGAACUUGCAAAAUCACAGUUCGGCAAUCUAUGGUAAGCUCAGCAUUAUGGUCUCCCCGAUCUUCCGCCGUAACUCGUGG